AGGAGAUUCUCUCUUCGCCGCCAUUUUUAGAGAAACUUUGCUGGCUGCUGCCUGACGUUAGCAGCUAGCGGGUUUGGCCAGCCAGCUCCCAAUGACAGUUAACGCUUGGCUGUCUUUAGCCAGCUCACAGCUUAGAUAGCCUUGCUUUGCUUUAAAUUGUUGUUAUUCCUGCCGCCCGUGCCAGCCAGCACAGGCGAAAAGACACGAAUAUCGUUAAUGUGCAGAAAUAGGGAAUACUUGAAACCAGCUAGACUGUUCUGUGUUUGGGUAGGGCAGUUAUGCGGUUUGGUUAGCGAAUUAGCAUUGCUAUCUUUACAACUAGCGAAAUUCCCACUUUGAUUUCUCUGAACUGCAUUGGCUGUCUGUGAUUUUUAGCCACCCCAGGCUGUUGCGGGCAGGGUGACUGAAUUGUUCCCCUAAUAACUCAACUCAUGUGGAUUUUCCCGUUUACUUGGUGCCCAUGCGCUGACUUCCUCAGGCUCCCAGGUAGCUGCAAAUGAAUCUUCAGCUGCUUUGGUGUAGCUCUGCGCCCAGAUAGUCCCAUCCCCUCUGUGCGGGAGAUACGGGACUACAUAGACCAGGAUGCCUUCCUCUGUGAGGGCGGGGAGCCUGAAGGAUCCGGACGUGGCCGAGCUGUUCUUCAAGGAAGAUCCAGAGAAGCUUUUCUCUGACCUCCGAGAGAUUGGUCAUGGCAGCUUUGGGGCUGUCUAUUUUGCACGGGAUGUGCGAACAAAUGAGGUGGUGGCAAUUAAAAAGAUGUCCUACAGCGGCAAACAGUCUAACGAGAAAUGGCAGGACAUCAUAAAGGAGGUGAAGUUUCUCCAGAGGAUCCGACACCCUAACAGCAUAGAAUACAAAGGAUGCUACCUUCGUGAGCACACAGCAUGGGUAAGUUAUUUAUUUCCAUGAACUGAAUUUGAUUAAAAUGUCACCUUUUUGUGUAAUCAAUCAUUUAUUGGUGUAUGUGUGGAGGAAUUGUUAUGAUCGGUGCUUGUUUUUAGCUGGUGAUGGAGCAUGAUCCACAGGGAUGUGAAAGCGGGUAACAUCCUGCUGACUGAGCCUGGCCAAGUCAAGCUGGCAGACUUUGGCUCCGCCUCCAUCGCCUCGCCUGCCAACUCCUUUGUGGGAACGCCAUAUUGGACGGAUUACUUUAGAAACUUUAUUGAUUCUUGCCUUCAGAAAAAUCCUCAAGACAGGCCACAUUCUGACGACAUGUUGGGUCACGCGUUUCUCCAGCGGGAGCGUCCAGACUCUGUGUUGAUGGAUCUCAUUCAGAGAACCAAGGAUGCAGUUCGGGAGCUGGACAACUUGCAGUACCGCAAGAUGAAGAAGAUCCUCCUUCAGGAGGCUCACAAUGGGCCCACCACUGAAGCCCAGGAUGGAGAUGAGGACCUGGAGCUCGGCGGAGGUCGCACAGGAACGGUGAACAGUGUCGGCAGCAAUCAGUCCAUCCCCAGCAUGUCCAUCAGCGCCAGCUCGCAGAGCAGCUCUGUCAACAGCCUGAACGAAGCAGCGCAGGACAGCCGCAGUGAGCUGGACCUGAUGGACGGAGACCACACGGUCAUGUCCAACAGCUCUGUGAUACACGUCAAACCGGAGGAAGAGGAGAGUCUUUCUGGGGAGCAGGCAGCCAGCAGUCAGCCCACUGAGCCACAGCCGGUACCGGCUCAAGCCCCGAGGAAGCACUACCGAAACAGAGAGCACUUUGCCACCAUACGCACAGCGUCACUUGUGACGCGUGAGAUGCAGGAACACGAGCAGGACUCAGAGCUACGAGAGCAGAUGUCAGGUUACAAACGGAUGAGAAGGCAGCACCAGAAGCACCUGAUGGCCAUGGAAAACAAGCUGAAAGGAGAGAUGGAUGAGCACCGGCUGAGGCUGGACAAGGAGCUCGAGAGUCUGAGGAACAACUUCACUCAGGAGAUGGAGAAGCUGCUAAAGAAACACCAGGCCGCACUGGAGAAAGAUCUGAAGACAUUUGCCAACGAUGAGAAGAAGUUCCAGCAGCACAUCCAGGUUCAGCAGAAGAAGGAGCUGAGCAGCUUUUUGGAGUCACAGAAGCGAGAAUAUAAACUACGCAAGGAGCAGCUAAAAGAGGAACUUAGUGAGAACCAGUCAACUCCCAAAAAGGAGAAGCAGGAGUGGCUGUCCAAACAGAAAGAAAACAUUCAGCACUUUCAGGAGCUGAACAAGCGGCAAACACAGAAGGACCUGGAACAUGCGAUGUUGCUCAGGCACCAUGAGUCCAUGCAGGAGCUGGAGUUCAGGCAUCUGGCAACCAUCCAGAGGCUGAAGAGCCUCAAGUCCAAGGAGCUUCAGAUCAAGAAGCAGUUCCAGGAUACGUGUAAGACGCAGACUCGGCAGUACAAGGCCCUCAGGAACCACCUCCUGGAGACCACGCCCAAAUCUGAGCACAAGGCCGUCCUGAAGAGGCUGAAGGAGGAGCAGACCAGGAAGCUGGCCAUCCUGGCCGAGCAGUACGACCACUCCAUCAACGAGAUGCUCUCCACCCAGGCGCUGCGGCUGGACGAGGCUCAGGAGGGCGAGUGUCAGGUUCUGAGGAUGCAGCUGCAACAGGAGCUGGAGCUUCUCAAUGCCUACCAGAGCAAGAUCAAGAUGCAAACAGACGCGCAGCACGACAAGGAGAGGCGGGACCUGGAGCAGCGGGUGUCGCUGCGGAGGGCGCUGCUGGAGCAGAAAAUUGAAGAGGAAAUGCUUUCCCUCCAGAACGAGCGCUUGGAGCGGAUCCGCUCGCUGCUGGAGCGCCAGGCUCGGGAGAUCGAGGCCUUUGACUCGGAGUCGCUGCGGCUGGGCUUCAGCAACAUGGUGCUCACCAACCUGGCCCCAGACUCCCAAGGAGGCUGGGGGGGCGGAGGUGGUGGAGGAGGCCAAGGAGGUCAGGGGGGAAGCCAGUGGCCCGGAGGCGGUGGAGGAGGCAGCCAUCACAGUCACCACCAGGGGGGGUCCAGUUCGCAGCAGCCCUGGGGCCACCCCAUGCUUGCAGGUGGCCCGCCGCCCUGGAGCCUCCACCAUCCCGGAGGAGGGAGUCAGAGAAGUAGUCAGGGAGGCGCAGGAGGGGUGAGGAACAGCCCGCAGGCUAUGAGGAGGACGUCAUCGGGGGGGAGGAGUGAACAGGGCAUGAGCAGGAGCGCCAGCAUCACCUCUCAGAUCUCCAACGGUUCCCACCUGUCAUACACCUAAAAACACAAGAAACACAGUCACUGUAACUAAAACACACACACACACGAAAACACACACUCACAAAGGGCACAGCACAGAUGGGUCAUAUCCCACAAUGCACCUCACUAUGCAGACUGGUGAGACUGGCCAGUCUGUGGAAACCCAUCAGAGCUGAAACCAAGCUGCAGCUUCUGAUCGCCAUUCCCAGCGUGCCACUGCAGCCAAUCAGCUCCAUCCAGCUCAGUCUGCGUUGCCAUUCAGCCGCCAUAUUCCCCAUACAGUUCCACCAGAGAGGUCAGUUUGCAGCAGGUUCUAUUAUUUUUAAGGGACUAGUUGAUCGAGUCAGAAGUUUGCACAGUAAAUCUUCUCGUGAAGAAAGAGUUGCUGCUUUAACUGGAGUUACAUAAAUCCUUGUGAGAUCCGGUUAAAACACUCAAAAAGACUGAAGUUAUUGACGUUAUAAAUGUUGGGAAGGCAGAAGAGUCGACAGAGUAGAGAAAAUUUAAAGGAGGGAAAAAAUGAAAGUCGUGUGUUGGUAUCAACUGGGGAAUUUCCUAUGCAGACAAGUCUGUGGAAGUUUGGAUUUACUUUAAGCAUUUUCCAGAUUUAAAGAAGUAAAAGAGCUUUGAAAAAAUGUUUGAUUUUACAGAUUUUAUUCCAUGUUCUGUUAAUCAAGAUAAUUAAGAAUUUAAGUUAGUUAAUAAACAACACUUAGGUUAAUUUUGAUUUAAUUUACAACUCAAAUUGUUAAUCAGUUUGAUUUUCAUGGCCUUAUGAAAUCAAUCAAAAUUAAUUUAAAGUUAUUUCCUUAAAUUUCUUUUUUUCUAAAAGCAACUUGAUUAAAAAAACUCUAAAAGAAAUAUAAGGAGUUACAAAGGGCCAGAGAUUUAUAGGUUAAAAUAACAUACAUUAAAAAAUAAAAACAAAAUUUAAAUGUCCUUUUUUUGGCUACUAAGUAUUUUUGGAACAAUAUUUUAAUCUGAAUCUGUGGGUUUUUUUAAAACUAGGUUUGGAUAAGAUUACAUAUUUUGAAGAAUAUGUUUAAAUGUCCAGAAAACCUUUGAAAUUAGAGUCUGGAAAAGUUUUGGGUUUUAAAUGAGAAAACCAUGGCAACAGCCUGAGUGAACGUUUCGAGGGGGGAGUUAUUUGUAGACUGAAGGCCGGUUUCCAAUGUUUCAUCUUUGUCGACCUUUGACCCGCUUAUACGGAUCUUAGUCCAUUUUCUUUGAGAACGACAUUUAAAAACUGCAUUUGAAGUAUUUUUUUUUGCCCAGAGCUCCUUAUUUGUUUAUAUUCUCAUGUUGUGCUGUGAGAGAGAAGUUGCUGUAAAACGGGGUUUUACUCAUUUCAAGUUACUAAUUUAAAGACAAGUUGGUCUGUCGCACUACAGAGACUGUAGUCAUCACCUAAACUCAGAGAUUUCCAAAAGGUCGACAACAUUUCAAAGCAGCAUGUUCCAGGACUUACUGAGGCUGUAAGGCCUAAAAUACAGAAAAACUUUCAUGUUUUCCUUUCACACUUCCUGUUAUCUGUGAAGUUGAGUCUGGUCAGUUUGCCCUUCCUCAGUUGGACCAAAUGUCCUAAAGGUUUGAGCCCAAAGAGGCUGCAGAUCUUAAGUUGGGUAAAAAAAAAAACAACCAAAAGGGCAAAAAUACAAAAUAAUGUCUCUAAUGAGUUUUGCUUCUAACAGCUUUGGUUUACUUCAAAACUCCUCACUAAUACCAAAAAUACACCUUUUCAGUGUAUUUUUGUUACGACUUCCAUACCACAUGGUGUUGUUGGCACCAACGUGUGGCCUUUAGUUGUCCUGCAUUCAGUGAUUGGAAAAAGGUUGGCUUUCUAAUGACCAGUCAAGUUUAACCCGUUUGUUUAUGAAUCUCUAGUUCUUUAAGGAGUUUGGGUCAGACUGCUGGCAUGCUAAUUGUAGGAGUAGUUCGGGUCACAACUGUCCAUGCCAACACUGGAUUGUAUUUGUCGUUGAGUGCCAGAGAGUUUCAGCCAGUUUAAGCCACACAGCCAAGCAGUAGCAGCAAAGAUUGGCUCAGCUCCUGGGUUUCCACUGACCUCUGCUCACCCAGGCUCACUCUGGCGGACGCUGUAGUUAGCCCACCAUCCCUCUUGACGGGGAUUCAGCAGUAGGUAAACACAACUUGAAUAAAAGCCAGUGAUCGCUCUUCACCUGCUGGCAGUGACUCCACAAUGUCCUGAACGAUGCAGUAAAAGCCUGUCGGCCUGUUUGGCGAGGUGCGGUCAUAGCGAGUCGCACUUUGGCCAAGGCCAACUCAAAAUGUUACAUCUGAUUUCACACAAACACAUACAGAUACAUGUACAGAGAAAGUGUAAAGGUUAUAAUCCUUGAUGGAAAAACGGCACACAUUCAUUGAUAAAGGAGAUGUAAAUGCUGAUUUAAAGUUUUAAAAAAGGCUUCAGAGAUAAAAACAAAUGACCAUCUUGUCUGUCGGUUGGUGACUGCUGAAUGUUUUUGCGGAUCCUUGGGGGGUGAUGCUGGGAUCUCCGCUGCUGUGCCCCUGCAGAGCCCCUCCCCCGGUGUGACACCCCGCUCUGUCUCACCCUCCGAUCCGACCACCGAUCUCCCUGCGUCCUUCCACCUUCGCCUCCUUCCCUCCUGUGUCUCUUGAGGGCCCUAAACCCGGGGGCCGCUCGCUGAUCUGCAGGGAAAAUUUGUCCCUCAGAGGAAGAAUCGACGGACCAGGAUAUGUGCUGUUGUUUAUAUAAAUCUAUAAAUGAGAAAAUUUUAGAAAAGAUCCAAGUCUUAUUGUGAAACUGCAGAUGGAAUGUACAGUCAACAUGUGAAUAUUGUACAGCCUGAAAAUCUAGAUGACAAAUCGAAGCGAGAUGAACCUGCGGUGAGGGCACAAUGCUGUGGCUUUAGAGUUGCUGUAGUUUUAAAAAAAGAAAAAAGGUGUUUGCUGAGUUUUCACCUGUCCCGUUUGCAGCUGUUACACAUUUUUUUUGGCUGUGAACAAAAACACAGCUUUAGGUCAAAUUGGCUUGUGGAAGCAGCAACAAUUUAUUCAAAAGUGUAUGAGGAGGACUUUUUGCACAUAAUUAAAAUAUUUCCCUCCUUUAGCUCAGACUGUACACUGACAGCGUUACACCAAGUUAGACUCUAAAACCAUUUAAUGCCACAAAACCUAAUGCACUCUACACCCUGAGGUAGUUUCCAAAGUCAUGCACAAGGCUCUGAAGUCCAUUUAGUUUUUGGAAACUUUAGGUCAUGUGGGAUCAUCUGACGUUACUCAGGCUUUAAUCUUUGAGACUUGCAUUUACACUUCCCUCUAGAAAUAAGCAACAAAAAUUAGGCCCCCAUUCUGUCAAAACAUGCUAAUUUCUCAGUUUAGAAACUAAACGAGUGCUUUUCUUUAUUCCCCUUCUCUUCAUCUCUUUUGUGUUUUAUUUUCCCUAAACUGUCUGCAGAGGGCCAAACAACCUGCAGAGGUUUAGACGUAUUUACUAUAGAUUUUUUUUGUUUGUUCUUUUGCAAGGCAGUGGGUGCAGAGUCUAGCUUUAGACGUUGGUCACUCCGAACUGGAUCAGUUGCACUGAUUGCACAAGUAGCUGACCAGUUUUUUGAGUCUACUGUGACACCCGACCCCCCUUCGUCCUCCCGAGGCGGGGGCGGGGGGCAGCUGCUGUUGGCGGAGAGUCGGUGGAAGGCCGGGUCACUUCUCUGUACAGUCAGUUUAUCAGUAUUCCUUUUAUUCUUCCUGUCAUAUUUGGUGAAUCUUGCUGUUUUAUUCUCCCUUGUCCACAGAUCUGUAUUAAAGUGUAUAGUUUGUGCAAAAAAAAAAAAAUUACAAAUAAAAAAACGCUGAAUGUUG